GAAAUGACGUCCAUUCCUGUAUACUGCCUAUGUCAGUCACCUUAUGAUGCAAAUCACUUCAUGAUUGAAUGUGAUCUUUGUCAGCAAUGGUUUCAUGGCAGUUGUGUUGGUGUAGAAGAGGAGAAAGCAAUAGACAUUGAUGUCUACCACUGCCCCAAAUGUGAAAUCCUACACGGGCCUUCCAUUAUGAAAAAGUGCCGCAGGACCCAGGCACAGAAGCUGAUUGGGAAGAAAGCAGCAGGAAAGACAGGACAGACUGGGAGCCCAGAGUUCACCCAGGAACGUCGGCAAAGGAGAGUAAAUAGCACCAAGAAGGUGAGUGAUCUUCCCAGACCUAGGAACUCCAAGGCCAAAAAGAGGGUACAAACCAAGACCAAAAAAGCCCCCAACCCCCAGCCUAAGCAAAAGAUCAACAAGGAGCUUGACGCUGGCUCUAAGGAAGAGCUAAAGGUUGAAGAAACUCUGCAGAAGAAGACCCGGAGAAGCAAGAAAAUGUUACCACAAUUUCACCAGAAGUUGCUUCCAGCCAGUCCUUGUUCUGACCCAAACAGAAUCCAGGAACCAGGAGAGGUGGAAUUUGAAACUGAGGAAAAUUAUACAGCAGAAAAGAAAGUAGAGGAAAGAGUGGAAGGUGAGGCAGAAUCCCCUGUUGGAGCUAGAGGGAUUUUUUAUCUACUAAAAGCUAGCAAACUGCUUGAAGAACCUGACUGUGUAGGUCACAACAAAACUCCUGUGUCCCCCAAUACAAUGGAGGCAGUCCAGGGGUUGCUGCUCCUGGCCAACCCGCAGCCUGUGUCAUCCUCGUCCCCAGCUUCCAGUGUUCAGGCCUGGUGGGCAUCAGGGGACUCCAGUGGCAGUAGUGCCCCCCCUAAGAAGAAGGGUAGUGACCCCCAGGCCAGGCAAGGGACUAGGAAGAGGAAGGCUGUCAAACAACUGGCCAAUGACAGCACCGAGAGUCAAGGAGGAGAGGUCAAAACACAUAAGGUGGAGAACGUGAGAAACCACUUCAAGGAGACCCUGGAAAACAGCUUCAAGGAGAACGUGGAAAACAGCGUCAAGGAUAAGGAAUAUACAAAUUUCCUAGAAUCAAAUGAGGAUCAUUUUGCUUCAAAAGUCAAACCAAAGAAGAAGAAGAGGAGUGCAGAUGAUGCCCCCUGGAUUCCUAAAGUGAGCUUGGAGGAGCCACAAGUGAAAGAAGUCUUGAGCAAGAAGCAAGAAACUCUGAGGACCCUUUCCCUGCACUGCCAGGAGAAAGACACCGAGGCUGUCAGGCAGCUGGCAGUGACUGGGGAACACAAGAAGAGGAUAACCAAGCUCAGCUCUAACAUCCAGGAAGAAAGACCCAAGAAAAGGAAGCAGAGGACGGAGUCCGGCCGGCAACUAGAGGGAAUGAUGGAGAAGCACAAGAGGGCAGACACACGGUCCCAGCAAAUGAGCAGCAGCAGCAGCAGCAGCCACAAGGAUCAGCUGAUGAUGGAGGAAAGGCAAAGUCAGGAGAAGCCUGGCAGCCUCCAGGCCCAGGUGGGCGCGUUGAUUGGACCUGAGGGCAUGGCUGAAGCCACAGGUGCCAGCGGUGAGGAUGCCUUCCUGGGCACUGUGGACGCUGCUGCAGCCGUGCAACUGCUUGAAGAAGAAAACAAGAAAGCUACAGAAGUCCUGGAGGCAGCCAUUCUGCACUAUCACCAGCUGCAGCAGAAAUACCAGAGGAUGAAGAGGCAGCUAGAAGCUCUUAGCGGCAAGCAAGGGUCUCAGGAGAGAAGCCCCGAGGGGGCUGCUGGAGGGAAAAGCAGCGUUGUUACCAAGGCUGUCAUGGAGAUUCCCAAAAAAGAUUAGGAAGUCAAGCCUGGCAUUGGCCACCCCGCUGGCUCAUCCCAGAGAGAGGCCUCGCUGGGACAAAGCUUUGUCUGCACCACGCUGGACACCCUUUAUCAUCUGGACCUCGAGCCUUGUAGCUUGGCCUCCCUGAAUAAAGAAUUCCUCCCUCUCUGCUUCUGGCUCUGGUCGUGCGUUUGUUCUUGUGCCAGAGCUUUAGGCCCAUCCAUCAGCUAAGCAUCUAGUCGGCGCCGGGCACUGGGGUGGUGUGGGGAUAAAUGGGCAAAAGCGAAACCUUCCUGUACUCAAGAAGACCCUGUUCUGGACCAGAAGACAAGAAGGGCAUGGACAGAGAGGUGUGAGCCGGACACGAGGAGAUUGUCGUGAAGGAGGGCCUUUGGGAAAGGAGGGGUCCCAGUGUAGUGCGGGGCAGUGGAGCUUGGGCCUCAAAUCCAAGAGAAGUUUUACAAGAGAGAGGUGAGGAGAGAGUCCGUGCUAGGUAUAAAGUUAAUCUGGCUGGCCUUGAACAUGUGUGGAGGGAAGGGCAAAGACGCGUGUUGGACUGAAGAGGUGAACGGAGGCGCAAAGGGUCUGGAGAGCAAACAGGCAUUUCUAUUUGCUGCUGCUGGUGACAGGGAAACACCGGAAUUCAUGCCUGAAGGAAAGGAAGGAACUUCCCAGGGCUUGGGACCCUGACUGGCACCAUUGGUCUGAAGCAACUCUAGAAGGUCAGGGAUGAAAUUGGAGACCUUCUGGGACAGAAGCGCAGAAGGGCCUUCAGACAUACAUCAUCCCUCUAUCCACAACUACCUAUGGGUACCUAGAACUGGAUGUACUAUACACACACAUAGACAGGUGCCUAGGGGUGUACACACAUUCCCAUAUCUACGGAGGCUUAGAUAGCAGCGUGUGCACGUGUGGAACUGCUUUA